CAGUUCAAAUGCGGCCGGCGGUCGAAAGAGUCUAGAGUGGCACGAGCUGUGGAACUUUUCGAGAGCACGUUCCUCGCAGCAGAAUUAUCGGGGCGGUUCUUCGGAAGAUGCCAGCUUGCUAAAAACCGACAAGCAGAAAUCGAAAACAUAUAUCCGCCAUCUACCAGAAACUGUUGAAGACACAUCCUUCCGAUUAUGGCUGUGGAUUAUGUGCUGGAGGACCUCAUGGGGAAACUGGGGGAAUUUGGUAAAUACCAAUUCUUGCAGUUCUUCCUGCAAGUCCUCUCCGCUUUGACCGCAGGCAUGCAUAUGCUCUCCCUGGUUACGGUAUCCGCAGUGCCAGAGCAUCGCUGCUUUAUCGAGGGCCUGGACGACAGCAUCCUGGCGGUGGGGCCCUGGAACGCGAGCGCCUUGAAGUUUGCCAUUCCAACGAAGGCCAAUGGGGAGCUAGAGUCCUGCCUGAUGUACGAUCCCACUGAUUUGGACAGCAACACGACCAUCGCCUGUGAAAAGUACGUGUACGAUACAACGUACUACAAGACAUCGCGCACAAUUGACUGGAACCAUGUGUGCGAUCGCCGCUGGAUGGGGGCCAUUGUGCAGACGGUGUUCAUGUUGGGCGUCUUCACGGGAGCCGUAACCCUCGGUGGACUGGCGGACAAGAUUGGCCGCAAGACGGUCUUCUGCUGGUCGGCGCUCUUCCAGCUGAUCAUCGGCGUGGGCGUAGCCUUCAUUCCGGAGUACUUUUCCUUUAUGGUUGCCCGCUAUCUGCUGGGAAUUGUGGGAUCUGCUGGAGCCUAUAUCUGUGGAUUUGUGCUGACAAUGGAGCUGGUGGGACCCACCAAGCGUACUGUCUGUGGCAUAACCUUCCAGGCGGUCUUUGCAGGCGGCAUCAUGCUGGUUGCUGGCUGGGGUGCCAUCAUUCAGGACCGUCAGUGGCUCCAGGUGAUCUAUGGCCUCCAUGGCUGCCUGUUCCUUGCCCACUGGUGGCUCCUCGAUGAAUCUCCGCGCUGGCUGUGGAUGCAGGGACGUGCCGCCGAGGCCGUCGACAUUGUGGCCAAGGGACUGCGUAUCAAUGGCUCCGGGAUACCCGUGGACAAGGACUACUUUGUGCAAAAGGCCAAACAGCAGGCGGCGGUGGAGGAGAAGUCCAGUGCCGGAUUGAGCGAUCUCUUCCGGACACCCAACCUCCGCAUGAAGACGCUCAAUGUGUGCCUCUGCUGGUUCGCCAACUCCAUUGUCUACUAUGGACUGUCGCUGAGUGCCGGGAAGCUGUACGGCAAUCCCUACCUGAUUCUGUUCAUCAUGGGUCUCGUGGAGUUCCCCAGCUACAUAACGAUUGUGUUCGUGUUGGAUCGUCUGGGACGUCGCUCCAUUACCUCCACCCUGAUGCUGAGCGGCGGACUUUGUUGCAUUAUAGCCGCAUUUAUUGCUCAGGGCAGCACCACCUCCACGGCUGUGGUGAUGGCUGGCAAGCUCCUCAUUGCCGGCUCCUUUGCCGUCAUAUACAACUACUCGGCGGAACUCUUUCCCACUGUUGUACGGAACUCCGCAAUGGGCUUGGGCUCCAUGUGUGCCCGUCUCUCCGGAGCCCUUACGCCUCUCAUCACCCUCCUGGACUCUUUUGAUCCAAAGAUUCCCGCCGUACUCUUCGGCGUGGUGGCCCUGGCCUCUGGCUUCUGGGUGAUGUUCCUCCCAGAGACGAUGAACCAGCCCAUGCCCGAGUCCAUCGAAGAUGGUGAGAACUUUGGCAAGGGCGACACGUGGUUCAGUCAGUGUGCUGGUCGCAAGAAGCGCCAGAAUAGUAUUUACCCGGACGAUCCCGAGCAGAUGGUGCCGCUCAAGAAUAUCGAAAGCAAAUGAAGCAAAACCAAAGUUCUGCACUAGCCCCCACACCCACCCCACCCUUGUUAUCCUUUUUAUUUCGUUGUUAAGCAUUGCCUUUUUUUAGUAGUAAGCUCUAAGAUCCAUUUCAAAAAGUGAAUAAAACGAGGCCGUGUGGCCUUGGAGGAUACCCUAGGCUGCCGCAGGUCUCUUCGUUGUUUUUAA